GUGCGGCGGGGCAGGCGCGGGGCGGGGAGCGAGGGGCGGGCGGCACGGUCCUGCCGCGCAGGCCGGGCUCGCUGGCAGGUGCUCCGAACCGACCUCCCGACGCGCCUGCGGGCUCCUUCCGCAAAGUUUGCGGGCGGCAGGAGGAGGAGGAGGGAGCCGCGACGGGACUGCAGCAGCCGGGCUGGAGAUGCCGCUGAGCAGCCUCCUGCCAGCCGCGGGGCUGCGGCAGCGCCGCUGAACCCGCGCUGGCCGCCCGCCCGCUCGCCGGGGCGCCUCUUCCUCCGGGCACUGACUGAAGGGAUCGAGCCGGCCGCUCCGCGCCCCCGCGGGGCUCGCUUCUUCCCGGAGUCCGGAUCCGGCUCCUCAGAGAUUCCGCCCUUUGCUGCCACCGGGGCUGCGGCGUACAGUCCUGCCCCGCUCCCAGCUCCGCCGGUGCCGUCCGCGCCCCCGCGCCGGCCGGGCGGGUCGGUGUCCGCUGCCCCCGCAGCCCCCACGGCUGCAUGACCGCCGCGGUCUCAGCACGUCUGGAUUCGGUGGAGUCGUGGGCCUUCCAUGCGCUGCUGGUGCUGCCCUAUAUGUUUUACGUGGGCUUGUUCUUUGUCAAUGUGCUGAUCCUGUACUAUGCCUUCCUGAUGGAGUACAUCGUCCUCAAUGUGGGCAUCGUGUUCCUGCCCGAGGAUAUGGACCAGGCUCUGGUGGAUCUGGGGAUGCUUUCCGACCCUGGCUCCGUGCUCUACGAGACGGACAGCGAGCUGGAUGUCUUUGACGGGUACUUGGAGUGACGCCCCAGGGCGCUCCAAAGCGACUGAGCUCCGCCGCCGCCUGGCCCGGGGCAGAGGCCGGGCGUGCCCGCAUGGCCGCAGCUCGGGGAUGGCCGCGGCCCUGCUGUGCGAUCCCGUCGCGGCUCCUUCUGCGCAACAUCUUCCCUUCCGAAUGACACCCGCCCCGCCGGUGCAGAGGCCAGAGCGGCAGCCCGGACCCGCUGCCGCCGGGCAGGCCCGCGGAUACGCAGAGGGCUCGCCAGGAAAAGCCAGAAAGAAAGACCCAAGGGUUGCUCAGGCAGUGGAGCCUAAAUAGGCCACAAGAACUGAAACACUGCUGCAGAAAGUGAGGAAACAGAAAGCAGACAGUGUCAGGAUGUGAAACACAGUCACACCAUGUGUCCUUUGCUCCAGCCUGCGUUGUGGAGAACUGUAACUUCAAAGACAGAAUUAACAAAGAUAUCGUGACUGAGCUGUUAAUGCUAGAGUCAUACCACAGCCAUACUGUUCAGUGCUUGCAGAUUCAUUAAACACCUGAAAUGGAUUAUGACCAGGCCAGUGGAUCAAGUCCUGGAAAGAAACUGUACUCUGAAAUGUAGAGAUGAAAAUAAGGACAAGAGAACUAGAAGAAGAGUUGUCAUCAGACCUUGUCAGUUGUGACUUCUCUUCAUGGUCUUUGCCUCUUGUGUGUGCUCUUACUGCAGUGAUUCAUGCACCAUACUGGGCUUCCAUAGGUAAUUCUGGGAUGGACUAUAUGAAAAAAUAAGAUAAACUAUGUUCCAUUGUAACAGAAAAUCAAGAUGUUAUGCAGAUUUGAUAAAAUUUUGAAUGAAUACCAUGUCACCCAAAUGGACACACUCUACACAUAGCUUAAGCCAGUUUUACAAUCACAUGUUGAAAAUUCUACCAGCUAGUAGUUCAAAAGCAGUGCUUUCUCAGGGGAAAAUAUGCAGGAGUGACUGAAGGAGAUGCUGUUCAGGGAGUAUAAUGGCAAGAACUGUGCUAGUAAGAUAUUUUAUUUAAAAAGAGAGUUUUGAAAUAGAUCAGAAAGUGAAUUUUAUAUAAGUCAGGUGGAUUCAUUAUUUAACACAGGAUACUUUGCAGAUUGUUUAAGCUCACGUCCCUAUGUACAGAUGUGAAAGCAAUACAAUAAAGACUGACCUUUUCCAUGAAAAAUUAA